UUCCCGGCUAGCAGCGGAGCGCAUUCAAUCCAACGCGGCGCUCGUGUAGAAGCACUGGGAUCGUUCGUGCACUGCAGUUUCUCUCGCCUCUCUCUCUCUCUCUUCCUUCUCCGCUCCUUAGGAUAUUUUGGGUGGAUUGUGGUUACCCAUCGGGAUCUCCUGCUCGCUGCUGAUCACUUGGCACCUCCGCCGGGGAUUGGGAUCGUUCGGGGCAAGCGGACAACCGAUUUUUUUCUUUUCUUCUUUUUCCCUCUGGAGAUUUUUCUUUUCCCUCCACUCCCCCUCCCCCGUUGGCACGGCGGUGAGGAGCCGGGAAGCGCCCUCCCCCGGCGCCCCCCGCAGCAGGAAGCCCCGCCGGGCCGCCGCUACCGGUACUCGGUGCGCGCAGCCCGGCCCCGGCCCUCGGACGCGGCGCUGCCCCCAGGCCGGCCGCCCCUCCUCCCCCCGCCGCACCUGGAUGGUACCUCCCGCCGGCGGCGCGGGCACUUUGUGAAGUAGGAAGGAAGGGGCGACUCGGGGGGGACGGGAGGGGGGCGCCGGAGUCUGUAUGGAAUUACCUGCGCCCGCGGCGGAGCUGGCGGCGGCGGAUGGCCGGGAGCCGCGUCCCCGGCACUCGUGGCGAGCGCAGCCCCGGGACUGAACGCGGGGCUUCUCCGGCCGGGAGCGCAUCGUGGUGACCGGAUCGCACCGGAGGGACAGCGAAGAGGACUCCUGCGGGGAGCAGUUGUGGAAAGAGAGAAGAUGAAAGUUCCUAUUCCAAACUUGAUUCUCUUGUAUGCUACUCUAACUCAGAGCUUGAAGGUUGUGACCAAAAGAGGAUCAGCUGAUGGAUGCACUGACUGGUCUGUGGAUUACAAGAAAUAUCAAGUUCUAGUGGGAGAACCUGUUCGUAUAAAAUGUGCACUCUUUUAUGGAUACAUUAGAGCUAAUUACUCCCUAGCCCAAAGUGCUGGACUAAGCUUGAUGUGGUACAAAAGCUCUGGACCAGGAGAUUUUGAGGAACCUAUAGCUUUUGAUGGAACUAGAAUGAGCAAAGAAGAAGAUUCCAUUUGGUUUCGACCGACAGUGGUACAAGACAGUGGACUCUAUGCAUGUGUUAUAAGGAACUCGACUUACUGUAUGAAAGUGUCCAUUUCGCUGACAGUGGGUGAAAAUGACACUGGACUCUGCUACAAUUCAAAGAUGAAAUAUUUUGAAAAAGCUGAACUUAGCAAAAGCAAGGAAAUCUCAUGCCCUGAAAUAGAGGAUUUUUUGUUUCCAUUUAGGGAGCCUGAGAUUCUGUGGUACAAGGAAUGCAAGUCAAGGACAUGGAGAUCAAGUAUUGGGUUUAUAAAGGACACUCUUGUCAUUCGGGAAGUUAGAGAGGAUGACAUUGGAAAUUACACUUGUGAGGUAAAAUACGGAAUCUUUGUUGUCAGAAGAACUACGGAAUUAACAGUUACAGCGCCACUAACAGAUAAACCACCAAAGCUUUUACACCCAUUGGAAAGUAAGCUAACAAUUCAGGAGACCCAGUUAGGGGGUUCUGCUAAUCUAACGUGCCGAGCUUUCUUUGGAUAUAGUGGAGAUGUCAGUCCUCUAAUCUACUGGAUGAAAGGGGAGAAGUUUAUUGAAGAUUUGGAUGAUAGUCGAGUCUGGGAAAGUGAUAUCAGGGUUCUCAAGGAGCAUCUUGGGGAACAGGAAGUUUCUAUCUCAUUGAUUCUCAACUCUGUGGAAGAAGGAGACCUUGGCAAUUACUCAUGCUAUGUUGAGAAUGGAAAUGGACGCCGGCAUGCUAGUAUUCUCCUACAUAAAAGGGAGCUGAUGUAUACAGUUGAGCUUGCUGGUGGGCUUGGUGCUAUUCUGCUGCUGCUUGUUUGUUUAGUGACUGUCUACAAGUGUUACAAGAUAGAGAUUAUGCUCUUCUACAGGAAUCAUUUUGGAGCUGAAGAACUAGAUGGAGACAACAAGGACUAUGAUGCAUAUCUAUCCUAUACCAAAGUGGAUCCUGAUCAGUGGAAUCAAGAAACUGGAGAAGAAGAAAGAUUUGCUCUUGAGAUCUUACCAGAUAUGCUUGAAAAGCAUUAUGGAUACAAGUUGUUCAUACCAGACAGAGAUUUGAUUCCCACAGGAACCUACAUUGAAGACGUGGCAAGAUGUGUAGACCAAAGCAAGCGACUGAUCAUUGUCAUGACUCCAAAUUAUGUGGUAAGAAGAGGCUGGAGCAUCUUUGAACUGGAAACAAGGCUUCGGAACAUGUUAGUCACGGGAGAAAUCAAAGUGAUACUGAUUGAAUGCAGUGAACUGCGAGGAGUUAUGAACUAUCAGGAGGUUGAGGCCCUGAAACAUACCAUCAAGCUCCUCACUGUAAUUAAAUGGCAUGGACCAAAAUGCAACAAGUUGAAUUCCAAAUUCUGGAAACGUUUACAGUACGAAAUGCCUUUUAAGAGGACUGAACCCAUCACACACGAGCAGGUUUUAGAUGUCAGUGAACAGGGACCCUUUGGGGAACUGCAGACAGUCUCCGCAAUUUCAAUGGCUGCUGCCACUUCUACUGCUCUUGCCACUGCUCAUCCAGAUCUACGCUCCACCUUUCAUAAUACAUAUCAUUCACAGAUGCGCCAGAAACACUAUUAUCGAAGCUACGAAUAUGAUGUACCUCCUACCGGCACCCUGCCGCUUACCUCAAUAGGUAACCAGCAUACCUACUGCAACAUCCCUAUGACACUUAUAAACGGGCAGCGGCCACAGACAAAAACUAACAGGGAGCAGAAUCCAGAAGAGGCUCACACAAACAGUGCGAUACUGCCCCUCUUGCCACGGGAGACCAGUAUAUCAAGCGUCAUUUGGUGACAGAAAUGCAAGGGGCCGUCCAUCCCCUUGAGUAGAAGCUGAAGUCUGCAGUCCGGUGCCUGGAACUACAUCCUCGACUGCUGCUGUUAAACAUGCAUUACAAUCGAUAAUAUAUGAGGAAAAACAGGGUCUUGUACAUACGUUUUUUGCAAUUUCUUUGUAGCAUCAGUCUUCCUGUUUUACCCAUGUUCUCUUCCCAUACACAUUUUCGACUUUGUUUUAUAUGUCAUUGGAAUUUGUAUAUUUACAUUUUUUUAAACAAAGAGACUGCUGUAUAGAUAGGAAACUUUUUUGCUUCAUUAGUAUAGUUUUAGACUUUUUUUUUCCUGUUCAUUUUUAACCUCUCUUGGGAAUGCUUGGACAAAGCUAUGUUGAUAUCAGAAGCGCCAUCCAUUUUGUUGGCCUGCCUAGCCUGAUUCCUGAAGGCCAUGCCUGCUGCAGUUCACCUGUUUUGGGUAAUAUUUGUUCUUAGAAUGACCCCAUCCCUCACUGAGAGCUUCUGUUUCAUUUCCUCUCCUGUAAUGUGCAUUUCUCCCUCCCUGCCCUUCCAAUGGCCCCAUGUGGGGUAACACUACAGUCUGAUCAUCUAACAUUUAACUUGGUAGAAACUUGUCAAACAACAGAAUAUACCCAAUCUGUAUCAGUUGCUUCACAGUAGUCACUACAGAGUGUGUAGAAAAUAGAGAUGGUUUGAUUUUUGCUUUCUUGGGGGUUUGAUUUUUUUGUUUUUAUUUUAAGAAUGAGUCAAUUGUACCCCUUUUAUAAAUAUAAAAGCAAACCCUAUUUUUAACAAUUCCUGGAAAAGUAUUAAUGUGGUCAUGGAUUUUAUUUUGAAGCAUUUGUUUUUUUUUCUUUCCUCCCUUUCAAAACCCUGCAAAUAAGAUAAUUUCCAAUUUUUAGGCGAGUGAGACAAGUGAGGCAAUAGGCACUGACAUGCAGUGAGUCCUGCUGAUAUUUACAGAGAUUAUUUCCAAACCAAAGGGGAAUAAAAAAGCAGUAUCAUAGAUGGUUGCCACUUUGUGUUAAAGUAAGCAUUACUUUCUGAAGAAGGAAGAGCAAAACAUUAUUUUGCAGUGGAUUGCAGAGUCCCCUUGUAUUUUAAUGUUCAAAAUUGUAUUUGCUUUAAAAUGAUAUAUUUUAGAUGAAAAACAAAUAUUAUUUAAUUUGGUUUUAUCUUGGAAUGAUAAGUAAAGCUUAAUUUUGACAAGAUUUCAGUAAGAACUCAGGCAAAAAAAAAAAAAAGAAAAAAGAAAAAAAAAA